AUGUUUAGAUGCAGUCCUGCCAGUCGGCGGCUUCUUGCUGCUUCCCGGCCGCGCGUCGCUCCCUGCAAGCCCAGUCCACGGCGAGGCCAGCUGUACUCGACCGAUACUGGUGGUGGUGACGGGCCUGGUUUCACUCGCCGCACGAGAUUCAUCGGCUUUGCGGUCGUCGGAGGCGCUCUCGUCUGGUACGCCUCCAGAAAGCGACGGGUGACGGUGGCUGAACGUCAUCGUGAGCGCAGCCGCCGCGACAAUGAGCUACCCGAGAUUUCUGGCGAGGAUGCAGAUGGGCCGGUCGAGUCGCCAGUCAAAGUGGUUGACUGGUCAGAAAUCGCAAGCCUGAUUCACAAGCAAGCUACGUCAUUUAAAUUCGAGGGCCGCAACGGGGCUCAGGGCCGAAUUGACGCGGUGCGGUUCGAGAGCAACUCUCCCACCGAGGAUGCCUGGGCAGUUGGCGUCGGAGCUGGAGUUGGAGGCGCCAAGACGGUGUAUGCCGGUGUCUAUGACGGUCAUGCCGGCUGGGCCUGCUCUGCUGUUCUCCGUCAAAAGCUCAUCCCACAUGUCUCAGCGAUGCUCGCCCCUCUCUCACCCAACGUUGCUGGAGCUGCCAUUGACGACGCCAUCAAAAAGGCCUUUUGCCGUCUCGACGACCAAAUCAUGACUGCUGGCCGCGACUCCGUCACCGACAGCACCGAGCCCUGGACGGCCGCGGCCAUGUCUGCGCUCGCCCCCGCCAUUGCCGGCUCCUGCGCGCUCAUGACCAUCUACGACACCGAGACCUCUACGCUCCGCACUGCCGUCACGGGCGACUCGCGCGCCGUCCUCGGCUCCUGGUCCGCGUCGGCCAAGGCCUACACGGCCGAGGCGCUCAGCAAGGACCAGACGGGCUUCAACUCGGACGAGGUGGCGCGUCUCGACGCGGCGCACCCCGGCGAAAAGGACGCCAUCCUCGACCCCAAGACAGGCCGCCUCAUGGGCCUCGCCGUCACGCGCGCCUUUGGCGACCACCGCUGGAAGUACCCCCAGGAACUGGUGACGCUCAUCCAGCACCGCUUCGCCGGCUACGGCCCGCGCAAGGCCAACGCGACGCCGCCGUACCUGACGGCGCGGCCCGAGGUCACGACGCGCCAGGUCCAGGGCGAAGACUUUGUCAUUCUGGCCUCGGACGGCCUCUGGGACGUCAUUUCCAACGACGACGCCGUCGCGUGCGUGUCGCAAUGGCUCAAGGAGAAGCGGAAGCGGUCGGGCGGCAAGCGUGGCGGCGGCGGCGCCAAGGCUAACUGGAACUACGACGAGGACGGCUGGCCGAGCUACAAAGCGACCCCAGAGUACUUUGACUUUGAGGACACGGGCAACGCGGCUGUGUGCCUGCUAAGGAACGCGCUGGGCGGCACGCGACGAGGCAUCGUGCAGGGUCUGGCGACGGCGACGACGCCGCUGAGCCGCAAUGUGCGCGAUGACAUUACCAUACAGGUAAUUUUUUUCAAAGAUCCCUAUCGCAAGUAG